AGGCAGUGAGCCCUGGGUGGCCGCUGACCACUGCUGACUCUGCAGCACCUGCUGACCUCCUCCGUGCCUGCCCAGCAAAUUCCCGAAGGUGGAGGAGGGAGCCCUUGGUGGGACCAGGCCUCAGGCAGAGGCCCAGUGGGUGCCAAGGAGCCAGAUGUGCACAGGGGGAUGGCGGGCACCCUGGGCUCUGACGUGGAGACGGUCUCCCAGCUGCGUGACGUCCUGGUGGUGCUGCCCACGCAGGAGACACUGCGGUUGGCCGUGGAGGUAAGAGCCACGGGUCAGGAGCUCCUCCAGCGGGUGUGUGAUCUGAAGAGCAUGCGAGAAGCCCCCCUCUUCGGCCUCAGCGUGGUCCGAGACAAUGAGCAUGUCUUCAUGGACUUGACUCAGAAGCUCAGCAAGUACUUCGCUAAGGACUGGAAGAAGGAGGCUUACAAGAGUGGUGAGCCUCGCCGGCCCCCCUUUGUCACCUUCCUCAGGGUGCAGUACUACGUGGAGAACGGGAGGGUGAUCAGCGACCGGACGGCGCGGCAUCUGUACUACCGACACCUGCGGGAACGUGUGCUGCGCUCUGAGUGCCCGCACCGGGAGGAGCUCUACUUCCUGCUGGCCGGGCUGGCGCUGCAGGCCGAGCUGGGCCGCCACCGUGAGGCCGCCCACACCGGCCGCUACUUCCAGCCGCAUGCCUACUUCCCGCCGUGGAUCCUGGCCAAGUGGGGCAUCGAGUUUGUGCUGCAGCAUGUGCCGGCCGUGCACCGGGAGCACCGGGGCCUGAUGCCACUGGAGGCCGAGCUGCGCUUCAUCCAGGAGGCCUGCCGCCUGGAUGACGUCCCCAUCCACUUCUUCCGGCUGCACAAGGACAAGAAGGAAGCCCCACCCACCAUCGUGCUGGGCCUGACUCUCAAGGGGAUGCACAUCUACCAGGAGGUGAACCGCACCCGGCAGCUGUUGCAUGACCUGCCCUGGUCUCGUGUUGACAAGCUGGCCUUCCUGGGGAAGAAGUUCGAGAUCCAGCGGGCUGGGCUGCCUUCCGCCCAGAAGCUGGUCUAUUACACCGGCUGCCCGCUGCGCUCCCGGCACCUGCUGCGUCUGCUCAGCUCUAGCCAUCGGCUCCACCUGCGCGUCCAGCCGGUGCUCCAGCAGCUGCGGCAGCUCCAGGAGGCUGAAGAGAAGAAGCAUUAUUGCGAGUCCUACGUCAGCGAUGGGCUGGAGCUGGACGGGCGCCUGGUCCCCUGGCCCUCCCCGGGCAGCGCUGGCAGCGGGAACAGUGGGCAUUCUGCCGACAGCCACACCAGCUCCCACCCAUCCAGUGCUGAGGCCGAUGCCUACCACAUGCCCAAGGAGAUGUCUGUAGAUGAGCCCUUCUUGGCAGGGGAUGCCCCAGCCCCCGAGGAUGACACACCAGCUUGCAGCCAGGAACCCCAUGCAGUGGGGCGAAUCACGCUGGUCAAGAUGAGGGGUGCCGAGAGCACCCAGGCCCUGCGCCAGAUCCCAGUGGCCCAAGGCCAGGGCCUGAUGAAGCUGCACAGCCAGAGGCAGGACGACAUGGGGAAUGGGGCCCCGCCAGGCUCCUCCGCACACCACUGCCCCUCCGGCUGCGCCUGGGGGGACCCGCAAUGCCUGUCCCUGGACCUCGCUGAGGAAGGCCAGCUGGAGGAGUGUGUGGUGUAGCUGGACCACUGGAUUCCCACAGGGAGCCCUGCGGUCACUCAGCACCCACAUCCUCGUCCUCCUUUGUGUGGGCCAGGCCACUGGACAGGACCCCAGGGGCCUCCGAGCUCCUGGAGAGACAUCUCAGGGGGGCUAACCUAGCAGCACCUGACCCCCAGAGCCCUGGGGCAUCCAGGGGGACUGUAUCUGCAUGCCCACACAUUGGCAUAAUGGCUCUGCACCCCCAGCAUUGGGCCCUUGGACCCCAAAACUGCCGACGGCCCCCCGGGGUCCCAGAUCUGGUUGCAGUGCCUGUGACAUCAUCCGCACCUGCCCCUAAGGGGGCCCAGGGGCUGGGACUGAGUCCACUCUCUGGUUUAGGAACCAGGGAAGGCUACUGAGGAUCAGCCCUGGGGUAAGGAGGGGUGGGUGGGGUCUGUCUGUGCUGGACCAUGU